GUUAGUGAGUACCAGGUAUUCAGCUGUAACACCCUUUCGCUGCUCAAUUGUCAUGCCACCAGAAGGAAGCACGAUGGCUGGGUCACUGCCAGAGGAAAGCCCAGCACCAGUUUGGUCCCUAGCUGCCGUGCCAUCCGAAGGGAGCACGAUGGCUGGGAUACUGCCAGGUUUCCCAAGCCUGGGCAAGAGAAGCUGAGAUGCAGAGGUCGAGUUCGAACUACAAACCUUCCAGCUAUCUCGCCCCACUGA